AUCUUAAAAAUCUUAAAAUUGCAGAAAAUCCAUAAAAAUGGUAAUUUCUAUUGGAAGAACAAUUCGAAGGGGAUGCACCCUGCAAAUGCUGCAAUUCUCAGAAUUUGGUCACGAAAUUUCAUUGUUAAGAUCCCACCACCGCCUAUACCACCAGAAACACCGCCGUGCAUAUGCUUUCCUCGCCUCACAUUUCGUCGGAAAACUCUCCAGUAAUUCUAAAAUACCCACUUCUGGCGUUUACUUUCUGCAUUCUUAUAGAACAUUUUCUUCUUCUUCAUACACAUCUGGGUCCAAGUAUGGUGGUUUUCUACAAUGGUAUUUGCGUAUGCUUGAAACUCGUCCAUAUAUCACCAAGGCCAUCUCUUCUUCCUUUAUUUUUGCUGCUGCUGAUUUUACCUCUCAGAUCAUUACAUUGCCACCAUUGGGGUCAUUUGACUUAUUCCGGACAUUGCGUAUAGCUGGAUAUGGAUUGAUAAUUAUGGGACCAUCUCAACAUCUUUGGUUCAAUUUUCUCUCAAGGAUCUUGCGUGGAAGAGAUGUAUCUACUACUUUGAAAAAGAUAUUUAUGGGACAAGCUAUUUAUGGACCGAUUAUGAACAGCAUUUUCUUCUUCUAUAAUGCAGCUCUUCAAGGUGAAACUAGAGAAGAGAUUUUUGCAAGACUGAAGAGAGACCUUCUCCCAACUUUGAUGAAGGGUCUUAUGUAUUGGCCAUUGUGUGAUUUUCUAACAUUCAAAUUCAUACCUGUCCACCUGCAGCCAUUGGUAAAUAGUUCUUUUGCCUACAUGUGGACGAUUUAUUUAACGUACAUGGCUAGCUUGAAGAAAGUUGGCGAGGAUUGAUUAAAGAGUUUGUCAUAAAAGUGGUAUUUAUGAUACUUGGCUUGGUACUGGAGUGAAUUUUGAUCAAUAUUUGAGUUUUCAGGUUUAAUAUUUCAGACUUCAGAGUUGCAUUCAGUGUCUGAAUGGAUGCAAUAUAUUUUUGGAUAAUAUGUAGUGUAGGCUUGAACUUCAAUUAUGAAUAAGGAAUUUUGUUUAUGGUUGAUAUAUAUUUAUUUAUUUAAUUUUUUUGCUUCCUUUGAGAAAAAUACACGAGUAUAAACUUGCAAGUUGCAACAUCAACAUGGAUAAGUGUUGCGAUUCAUAUAAAUAUUUUUAGAGAAUGAGUCCAACAAUCUAUACACCAUCUAUAUAUGAGAAGUUUGGAGUGCCAAGUCAGUUAUGGCUGAUUUUCAUUGUAUUAGUUAUAGUGUCGAGUCGGUUGGAGGGUGACACUCUUUGUCAAAAAACGAGAAGUUUCGAUUACAGUUGAAAAUGAAAAGACAAUUUAGUGCUUGCCCUUUUGUGCCACAUCAACAUUUUCUAUUAGCUUUCUGGCUUCUCCUGCUUUCCCAAAUUCCAUCACAGCCAUGUAUCGUAUGUUCCUUUCACGUCAUCAAUGGGUUAUUGAUCUGAUCACAACAUGUUUCUUUGUCCUAAAUUUGGGUUGCUUUUCAUUUUUGCUUGGUUUGUAAUCAGCAAUUCGAUGUAGACAGGUAUUUUCUCUUUGGCUUUCUUUUGAUUUUUUUUUUCCUUGUUUAUAAUCUAUAAUUUCUGGGUUGGAUCUUUCUCUGCUACUCGAUUUUCUUUUGAAUUUUGUUGUUGGAAUUGGGUUUAUAUUCAAGUUUAGGUGUAUUUUUUCGGAAUAACGUGAAUUGAUUUUUGUUUGUUUGUUUGAUUGA